AUGUGCGUGUAUGUGUAUGUGUCGAUAUUCAGUUCAAUAUUCAUGGAAGAGGAAGCUGUAACUUGCAAUGACGAUUGUAAUGUUACAGGAAGUCAUUCACUUACACAAACAACAGUAUCACCAUCAUCAUCAUCAUCAUCAUCAUCAUCAUCAUCAUCAUCAUCAUCAUCAUCAUCAUCAUCAUCAUCAUCAUCAUCAUCAUCAUCAUCAUCAUCAUCAUCAUCAUCAUCAUCAUCAUCAUCAUCAUCAUCAUCAUCAUCAUCAUCAUCAUCAUCAUCAUCAUCAUCAUCAUCAUCAUCAUCAUCAUCAUCAUCAUCAUCAUCAUCAUCAUCAUCAUCAUCAUCAUCAUCAUCAUCAUCAUCAUCAUCAUCAUCAUCAUCAUCAUCAUCAUCAUCAUCAUCAUCAUCAUCAUCAUCAUCAUCAUCAUCAUCAUCAUCAUCAUCAUCAUCAUCAUCAUCAUCAUCAUCAUCAUCAUCAUCAUCAUCAUCAUCAUCAUCAUCAUCAUCAUCAUCAUCAUCAUCAUCAUCAUCAUCAUCAUCAUCAUCAUCAUCAUCAUCAUCAUCAUCAUCAUCAUCAUCAUCAUCAUCAUCAUCAUCAUCAUCAUCAUCAUCAUCAUCAUCAUCAUCAUCAUCAUCAUCAUCAUCAUCAUCAUCAUCAUCAUCAUCAUCAUCAUCAUCAUCAUCAUCAUCAUCAUCAUCAUCAUCAUCAUCAUCAUCAUCAUCAUCAUCAUCAUCAUCAUCAUCAUCAUCAUCAUCAUCAUCAUCAUCAUCAUCAUCAUCAUCAUCAUCAUCAUCAUCAUCAUCAUCAUCAUCAUCAUCAUCAUCAUCAUCAUCAUCAUCAUCAUCAUCAUCAUCAUCAUCAUCAUCAUCAUCAUCAUCAUCAUCAUCAUCAUCAUCAUCAUCAUCAUCAUCAUCAUCAUCAUCAUCAUCAUCAUCAUCAUCAUCAUCAUCAUCAUCAUCAUCAUUUCCCUUCAUCAAUAUUGAUAUCAGAGAUUAUGUGGAUAGCAACAAUAUUUAUACAACAAGAGGGAAUGUCAUCAAUUACAUUCAAUGCAUAUCCAUUCUUGGUUUAAUUUAUUAUGAUGAUUGUGAUUAUUAA